GAGUAGCUCCGGCGGCCGCGCUGAGGCGAGGGUGACACACCAUGCUCACGGUCCCUAGAGACCGUCGUGCUGGCGAGCCGCGCUCCGUAGCUCCCCGGUCCGCCUCGGCAGCGGUCAGAGUCGCCUACAGGAGUUGAGCCGCCCGCGCCGGAAGGUUCUGGCGAAGCUCUUGGAGGGGCGUCGAGCACAGUAGGGCGGCGGGGGUGCGUUGAGCGCCCGGGGGUCCGGCAUUCGGCUGGGAUCGCCGCCGGAGGGGCGUUUCCGAGGCGAGGAGGAGGAGGAGGAGAUGCUGCUCCUCUUCUCCCCCUCCCCAGGCUCCUUCUCCAGCUCCUUCAGCCCACGCCCGCAGCCGCUUGUGGGAGAAGAGGUGGUGGCUCUCGGCGCCCGCGGCGGCUGCCGGCGGCCCGCCCCGACGCCGCGUCCCCGCAGCCCUAGCCCGGCGCUCCAGUAGCAGGACCUGGUCUCGGGACCAGCCGGUAAUAUGCACGUGUCACUAGCUGAGGCCCUGGAGGUUCGGGGUGGACCACUUCAGGAGGAAGAAAUAUGGGCUGUAUUAAAUCAAAGUGCCGAAAGUCUCCAAGAAUUAUUCAGAAAAGUAAGCCUAGCUGAUCCUGCUGCCCUUGGCUUCAUCAUUUCUCCAUGGUCUCUGCUGUUGCUGCCAUCUGGUAGUGUGUCAUUUACAGAUGAAAAUAUUUCCAAUCAGGAUCUUCGAGCAUUCACUGCGCCAGAGGUUCUUCAAAAUCAAUCACUAAGUUCUCUCUCAGAUGUUGAAAAGAUCCACAUUUAUUCUCUUGGAAUGACACUCUAUUGGGGGGCUGAUCAUGAAGUGCCUCAGAGCCAACCUAUCAAGCUUGGAGAUCAUCUCAACAGCAUACUGCUUGGAAUGUGUGAGGAUGUUAUUUACGCUAGAGUUUCUGUUCGGACUGUGCUGGAUGCUUGCAGUGCCCACAUUAGGAAUAGCAACUGUGCACCCUCAUUUUCCUACGUGAAACACUUGGUAAAACUGGUUCUGGGAAAUCUUUCUGGGACAGACCAACUUUCCUGUAACAGUGAACAAAAACCUGAUCGAAGCCAGGCUAUUCGAGAUCGAUUGCGAGGAAAAGGAUUACCAACAGGGAGAAGCUCUACUUCUGAUGUACUAGACAUACAAAAGGCUCCACUCUCUCAUCAGACCUUUCUUAACAAAGGGCUUAGUAAAUCUAUGGGAUUUCUGUCCAUCAGAGAUACACAAGAUGAGGAGAAUUAUUUCAAGGACAUUUUAUCAGAUAAUUCUGGACAUGAAGAUUCUGAAAAUACACGCUCCCCUUACCAGUUCAAAACUAGUGGCCCAGAAAAAAAACCCAUCCCUGGCGUUGAUGUACUUUCUAAGAAGAAGAUCUGGGCUUCAUCCAUGGACUUGCUUUGUACAGCUGACAGAGACUUCUCUUCAGGAGAGACUGCGUCAUAUCGUCAUUGUCACCCUGAGGCAGUAACAGUGCGGACUUCAACCACUCCUAGAAAAAAGGAGGCAAGAUACUCAGAUGGAAGUAUAGCCUUGGAUAUCUUUGGUCCUCAGAAAAUGGAUCCAAUAUAUGACACUCGAGAAUUGCCCACCUCCUCAGCAAUAUCAAGUGCUUUGGACCGAAUCCGAGAGAGACAAAAGAAACUUCAGGUUCUGAGAGAAGCCAUGAAUGUAGAAGAACCAGUACGAAGAUACAAAACUUACCAUGGUGAUGUCUUUAGUACCUCCAGUGAAAGUCCAUCUAUUAUAUCCUCUGAAUCAGAUUUCAGACAAGUGAAAAGAAGUGAAGCCUCAAAGAGGUUUGAAUCCAGCAGUGGUCUCCCAGAGGUAGAUGAAACCUUAAGUCAAAGCCAGUCACAGAGACCAAGCAGACAAUAUGAAACACCCUUUGAAGGCAACUUAAUUAAUCAGGAGAUCAUGCUAAAACGGCAAGAAGAAGAACUGAUGCAGCUGCAAGCCAAAAUGGCCCUUAGGCAGUCUCGGUUGAGCCUAUAUCCGGGAGACACAAUCAAAGCGUCCAUGCUUGACAUCACCAGGGAUCCAUUAAGAGAAAUUGCCCUAGAAACGGCCAUGACCCAAAGAAAACUGAGGAAUUUCUUUGGCCCUGAGUUUGUGAAAAUGACAAUUGAACCAUUUAUAUCUUUGGAUUUGCCACGGUCUAUUCUUACUAAGAAAGGGAAGAAUGAGGAUAACCGAAGGAAAGUAAACAUAAUGCUUCUGAACGGGCAGAGACUGGAACUGACCUGUGAUACCAAAACUAUAUGUAAAGAUGUGUUUGAUAUGGUUGUGGCGCAUAUUGGCUUAGUAGAGCAUCAUUUGUUUGCUUUAGCUACCCUCAAAGAUAAUGAAUAUUUCUUUGUUGAUCCUGACUUAAAAUUAACCAAAGUGGCCCCAGAGGGAUGGAAAGAAGAACCAAAGAAAAAGACCAAAGCCACUGUUAAUUUUACUUUGUUUUUCAGAAUUAAAUUUUUUGUGGAUGAUGUUAGUCUAAUACAACAUACUCUGACAUGUCACCAGUAUUACCUUCAGCUUCGAAAAGAUAUUUUGGAGGAAAGGAUGCACUGUGAUGAUGAGACUUCCUUAUUGCUGGCAUCCUUGGCUCUCCAGGCUGAGUAUGGAGAUUAUCAACCAGAGGUUCAUGGUGUGUCUUACUUUAGAAUGGAGCACUAUUUGCCUGCCAGAGUGAUGGAGAAACUAGAUUUAUCCUAUAUCAAAGAAGAGUUACCCAAAUUGCAUAGUACCUAUGUGGGAGCUUCUGAAAAAGAGACAGAGUUAGAAUUUUUAAAGGUCUGCCAAAGACUGACAGAAUAUGGAGUUCAUUUUCACCGAGUGCACCCUGAGAAAAAGUCACAAACAGGAAUAUUGCUUGGAGUCUGUUCUAAAGGUGUCCUUGUGUUUGAAGUUCACAAUGGAGUGCGCACAUUGGUCCUUCGCUUUCCAUGGAGGGAAACGAAGAAAAUAUCUUUUUCUAAAAAGAAAAUCACAUUGCAAAAUACAUCAGAUGGAAUAAAACAUGCCUUCCAGACAGACAACGGUAAGGUAUGCCAGUACCUGCUGCACCUCUGCUCUUCCCAGCAUAAGUUCCAGCUACAGAUGAGAGCAAGACAGAGCAACCAAGAUGCCCAAGAUAUUGAGAGAGCUUCGUUUAGGAGCCUGAAUCUCCAAGCAGAGUCUGUUAGAGGAUUUAAUAUGGGACGAGCAAUCAGCACUGGCAGUCUGGCCAGCAGCACCCUCAACAAACUUGCUGUUCGACCUUUAUCAGUUCAAGCUGAGAUUCUGAAGAGGCUAUCCUGCUCAGAGCUGUCGCUUUACCAGCCAUUGCAGAACAGUUCAAAAGAGAAGAAUGACAAAGCUUCAUGGGAGGAAAAGCCUAGAGAGAUGAGUAAAUCAUACCAUGAUCUCAGUCAGGCCUCUCUCUAUCCACAUUGGAAAAAUGUCCUUGUUAACAUGGAACCCCCACCACAAACCGUUGCAGAGUUGGUGGGAAAACCUUCUCACCAGAUGUCAAGAUCUGAUGCAGAAUCUUUGGCAGGAGUCACAAAACUUAAUAAUUCAAAGUCUGUUGCGAGUUUAAAUAGAAGUCCUGAAAGGAGGAAACAUGAAUCAGACUCCUCAUCCAUUGAAGACCCUGGGCAAGCAUAUGUUCUAGGAAUGACUAUGCAUAAUUCUGGAAAUUCUUCAUCCCAAGUACCCUUAAAAGAAAAUGAUGUGCUACACAAAAGAUGGAGCAUAGUGUCUUCACCAGAAAGGGAGAUCACCCUGGUGAACCUGAAAAAAGAUGCAAAGUAUGGCUUGGGAUUUCAAAUUAUUGGUGGGGAAAAGAUGGGAAGACUGGACCUAGGCAUAUUUAUCAGUUCAAUUACCCCUGGAGGACCAGCUGACUUGGAUGGAUGCUUGAAGCCAGGAGACCGUUUGAUAUCUGUGAAUAGUGUGAGUCUGGAGGGAGUCAGCCACCAUGCUGCAAUUGAAAUUUUGCAAAAUGCACCUGAAGAUGUGACACUUGUUAUCUCUCAGCCAAAAGAAAAGAUAUCCAAAGUGCCUUCUACUCCUGUGCAUCUCACCAAUGGGAUGAAAAACUACAUGAAGAAAUCUUCCUACAUGCAAGACAGUGCUACAGAUUCUUCUUCCAAGGAUCACCACUGGUCACGUGGUACCCUGAGGCACAUCUCGGAGAACUCCUUUGGGCUGUCUGGCGGCCUGCGGGAAGGAAGCCUGAGUUCUCAAGAUUCCAGGACCGAGAGUGCCAGCUUAUCUCAGAGCCAGGUCAAUGGUUUCUUUGUCAGCCAUUUAGGUGACCAAACCUGGCAGGAAUCACAGCAUGGCAGCCCUUCCCCAUCUAUAAUAUCCAAAGCCACUGAGAAAAAGACUUCCACUGAUAGUAACCAAAGCAAAACUAAAAAGCCAGGCAUUUCUGAUGCAACUGAUUACUCGGACCGUGGAGAUUCAGACAUGGAUGAAGCCACUUACUCCAGCAGUCAGGAUCAUCAAACACCAAAAAAGGAAUCUUCCUCCUCAGUGAAUACAUCCAAUAAAAUGAAUUUUAAAACUUUUUCUUCAUCACCUCCUAAGCCUGGAGAUAUCUUUGAGGUUGAACUGGCUAAAAAUGAUAACAGCUUGGGGAUAAGUGUCACGGUACUGUUUGACAAGGGAGGUGUGAAUACAAGUGUCAGACAUGGUGGCAUUUAUGUGAAAGCUGUUAUUCCCAAGGGAGCAGCAGAGUCUGAUGGUAGAAUUCACAAAGGUGAUCGCGUCCUAGCUGUCAAUGGAGUUAGUCUAGAAGGAGCCACCCAUAAGCAAGCUGUGGAAACACUGAGAAAUACAGGACAGGUGGUUCAUCUGUUAUUAGAAAAGGGACAAUCUCCAACAUCUAAAGAACACAUCCCGGUAACCCCACAGUGUACCCUUUCAGAUCAGAAUGCCCAAGGUCAAGGCCCAGAAAAAGUGAAGAAAACAACUCAGGUCAAAGACUACAGCUUUGUCACUGAAGAAAAUACAUUUGAGGUAAAAUUGUUGAAAAAUAGCUCAGGUCUAGGAUUCAGUUUUUCUCGAGAAGAUAAUCUUAUACCGGAGCAAAUUAAUGCCAGCAUAGUAAGGGUUAAAAAGCUCUUUCCUGGACAGCCAGCAGCAGAAAGUGGAAAAAUUGAUGUAGGAGAUGUUAUCUUGAAAGUGAAUGGAGCCUCUUUGAAAGGACUAUCACAGCAGGAAGUUAUAUCUGCUCUCAGGGGAACUGCUCCAGAAGUGUUCUUGCUUCUCUGCAGACCUCCACCUGGUGUGCUACCGGAAAUUGAUACCGCGCUUUUGACCCCACUUCAGUCUCCAGCACAAGUACUUCCAAACAGCAGUAAAGACUCUUCUCAGCCAUCAUGUGUGGAGCAAAGCACCAGCUCAGAUGAAAAUGAAAUGUCUGACAAAAGCAAGAAACACUGCAAGUCCCCAUCCAGAAGAGACAGUUACAGUGACAGCAGUGGGAGUGGAGAAGAUGACUUAGUGACAGCUCCAACAAACAUAUCAAGUUCGACCUGGAGUUCAGCUUUGCAUCAGACUCUAAGCAGCAUGGUGUCACAGGCACAGAGUCAUCAUGAAUCACCCAAGAGUCAAGAAGAUACCAUUUGUACUGUGUUUUACUAUCCUCAGAAAAUUCCCAGUAAACCAGAGUUCGUGGACAGUAAUCCUUCUUCCCCUCUACCACCGGAUAUGGCUCCUGGGCAGAGUUAUCAACCCCAAUCAGAAUCUGCUUCCUCUAAUUCGAUGGAUAAGUAUCAUAUACAUCACAUUUCUGAACAAACUAGACAAGAAAACUGGACGCCUUUGAAAAAUGAUUUGGAAAAUCACCUUGAAGACUUUGAGCUGGAAGUAGAACUCCUCAUUACCUUAAUUAAAUCAGAAAAAGGAAGCCUGGGUUUUACAGUAACCAAAGGCAAUCAGAGAAUUGGUUGUUAUGUUCAUGAUGUCAUACAAGAUCCAGCCAAAAGUGAUGGAAGGCUAAAACCUGGGGACCGGCUCAUAAAGGUUAAUGAUACGGAUGUUACUAAUAUGACUCACACAGAUGCAGUUAAUCUGCUCCGAGCUGCAUCCAAAACAGUCAGAUUACUUAUUGGACGAGUUCUGGAAUUACCCAGAAUACCAAUGUUGCCUCAUUUGCUACCGGACAUAACACUAACAUGCAACAAAGAGGAGUUGGGUUUUUCCUUAUCUGGAGGUCAUGACAGCCUUUAUCAAGUGGUAUAUAUUAGUGAUAUUAAUCCAAAGUCCAUCGCAGCCACUGAGGGUAAUCUCCAGCUAUUAGAUGUCAUCCAUUAUGUGAAUGGAGUCAGCACACAAGGAAUGACCUUGGAGGAAGUUAACAGAGCAUUAGACAUGUCACUUCCUUCAUUGGUAUUGAAAGCAACAAGAAAUGAUCUUCCAGUGGUCCCCAGUUCAAAGAGGUCUGCUGUUUCAGCUCCAAAGCCAACCAAAGGCAAUGGUUCCUACAGUGUGGGAUCUUGCAGCCAGCCUGCCCUCACUGCUAAUGAUUCGUUCUCCACGGUUGAUGGGGAAGAAAUAAAUGAAAUCUCGUACCCCAAAGGAAAAUGUUCUACUUAUCAGAUAAAGGGAUCACCAAACUUGGCUCUGUCCAAAGAAUCCUAUAUACAAGAAGAUGACAUUUAUGAUGAUCCCCAAGAAGCUGAAGUUAUCCAGUCUCUGCUGGAUGUUGUGGAUGAGGAAGCCCAGAAUCUUUUAAACCAAAAUAAUGCAGCAGGAAACUCCUGUGUUCCAGGUACAUUAAAGAUGAAUGGGAAGUUAUCAGCAGAGAGAACAGAAGAUACAGACUGCGAUGGUUCACCUUUACCUGAGUAUCUUACUGAGCCCACCAAAAUGAAUGGCUGUGAAGAAUAUUGUGAAGAAAAAGUAAAAAGUGAAAGCUUAAUUCAGAAGUCACAAGAAAAGAAGACUGAUGAUGAUGAAAUAACAUGGGGAAGUGAUGAGUUGCCAACAGAGAGAACAAACCAUGAAGAUUCUGAUAAAGAUCAUUCCUUUCUGACAAACGAGGAGCUCGCUGUACUCCCUGUCGUCAAAGUGCUUCCCUCUGGUAAAUACACGGGGGCCAACUUAAAAUCAGUCAUUCGAGUCCUGCGGGGUUUGCUAGAUCAAGGAAUUCCUUCUAAGGAGCUGGAGAAUCUUCAAGAAUUAAAACCUUUGGAUCAGUGUCUAAUUGGGCAAACUAAGGAAAACAGAAGGAAGAACAGAUAUAAAAAUAUACUUCCCUAUGAUGCUACAAGAGUGCCUCUUGGAGAUGAAGGUGGCUAUAUCAAUGCCAGCUUCAUUAAGAUACCAGUUGGGAAGGAAGAGUUCGUUUACAUUGCCUGCCAAGGACCACUGCCUUCAACUGUUGGAGACUUCUGGCAGAUGAUUUGGGAGCAAAAAUCCACAGUGAUAGCCAUGAUGACUCAAGAAGUAGAAGGAGAAAAAAUCAAAUGCCAGCGCUAUUGGCCCAACAUCCUAGGCAAAACAACAAUGGUCAGCAACAGACUUCGACUGGCUCUUGUGAGAAUGCAGCAGCUGAAGGGCUUUGUGAUGAGGGCAAUGACCCUUGAAGAUAUUCAGACCAGAGAGGUGCGCCAUAUUUCUCAUCUGAAUUUCACUGCCUGGCCAGACCAUGAUACACCUUCUCAACCAGAUGAUCUGCUUACUUUUAUCUCCUACAUGAGACACAUCCACAGAUCAGGCCCAAUCAUCACGCACUGCAGUGCUGGCAUUGGACGUUCAGGGACCCUGAUUUGCAUAGAUGUGGUUCUGGGAUUAAUCAGUCAGGAUCUUGAUUUUGACAUCUCUGAUUUGGUACGCUGCAUGAGACUACAAAGACACGGAAUGGUUCAGACGGAGGAUCAAUAUAUUUUCUGCUAUCAAGUCAUCCUUUAUGUCCUGACACGUCUUCAAGCAGAAGAAGAGCAAAAACAGCAGCCUCAGCUUCUAAAGUGACAUGAAAAGAGCCUCUGGAUGCAUUUCCAUUUCUUUCCUUAACCUCCAGCAGACUCCUGCUCUCUAUCCAAAAUAAAGAUCACAGAGCAGCAAGUUCAUACAAUAUGCAGGUUCUCCUCUAUCUUAGAGGGGUAUUCUUCUUGACAAUAAAUAAUAUUGAAAUGCUGUAUUUUUUUACAGCUACUUUAACCUAUGAUAAUUAUUUACAAAAUUUUAACACUAACCAAACAAUGCAGAUCUUAGGGAUGACUAAAGGCAGCAUUUGAUGAUAGCAGACAUUGUUACAAGGACAUGCUGAGUCUAUUUUUAAUGCACCCAUCUUGUUUAUAGCAAAAAUGUUUUCCAAUAUUUUAAUAAAGUAGUUAUUUUAUAGGGGAUACUUGAAACCAGUAUUUAAGCUUUAAAUGACAAUAAUAUUGGCAUAGAAAAAAAGUAGCAAAUGUUUACUGUAUCAAUUUCUAAUGUUUACUAUAUAGAAUUUCCUGUAAUAUAUUUAUAUACUUUUUCAUGAAAAUGGAGUAUCAGUUAUCUGUUACUGCAUCAUCUGUUUGUAAUGCAUUAUCUCACUUUGUAAAUAAAAACACACCUUAAAACAUGAACAAGCCAAAACUGUGUGCGGACAAA